AUGGAUCAAGAGAAGAUCAGGUCUGUUUUGGACUGGGAAGCGUCGAAGAAGGAGAGAGCAGGCAGCGGUGGUGAAGCCGGAUGCUCGAAGCAAUUUUCUUUUUUUUACGACAAGACAGCUCAAGAGGAGGGGAGAGCGUCAGGACGGCUUCAAGGAGAACGUCGAGAUGCCAUCAGUUUGGAGCACGAGGCCAGCAGAACUUGCUGCAGAGGAGAUCCGGUAACUGUUAUGAAUGUGGAGGAGUGGGGCAUUUUUCUCGUUACUGCCCCAAUGUUCAAACGGACGAAUGCUGCUGGGGGAGUGCAGAAUAGACCAGCUGAAGAUGGAAGAGUGCACGUUGUGGAGCCUAGAGCCCGGGAAGCUCUAAAGAAAGGAGGAGGAGACGGAAGGAUGUAUUCUAAAUCUAUGUCCGAAUUGGACAGUGCGAAGAUGAUCAUUGAUGCUGGGAGUUCGGAUAACCUAGCGUCCACGGAGAUGGUGGGUCAGUUGGGGCUGGGGAAGUUAGAGCAAGACGUCUGGUGUGAGGUCGUCCCUAUGUAUUACAUAUCCUACUCGGAAGACCGUGGUAAUACGUGUAGGGUGUUACCUGCGUAG